AGCGUGUGAGGAAUUACCGCUCAUCUGGAAAAUGUUAUAGGAUCUUCUAAUUGGCGUACCUCAACAAUUGUCUGUAAAGUCAGCCUUGCUCUUCGUUCAUUGUUGCUAUCCAUAGGUAUACACUGUUUAUAUAUACCAACCAAAACGUUCAGUAUAUCUGCACCAGGAGAAACAGUUCUUCCACUAGUAUUCAUCGGAAGUUUCCAUGUGAAAAUAUUUCCGGAUAAUAUUUCCGUUUUCAUUCCAUUUGUUGUGAACGUUCUUAUUAAUUAGCAUCGUCUCCAAGAUGAUCACCGACAGAAACACAGCAGAGAAUCUUCGAAUUACGAAAAACUGGAUUAACAAGCUGUUCUGAGGUCACGCUAGCGUGCAGCUCUUAAGCAGGGCGUUGGUGGAAAUCCGAUUGUCCGGAGCGUCUAGAAUGGCCGGAUUCAGCCGGAAUACGUACCUGCUUUGCGGAGGCCUCCUCGUUACCUUGGCACUUUAUCUCCAUACCCCUUUUCCAAAUGAGGCUGCGGAACCAUGGAAACAACGAGUAACGUCGGCUUCUGUUCGAAUUGUUAAUGAUUUGAGUGUACUGGGCCAGCUGCUUGGUAUAGCGUCCUCUGUCAACAUAUCACGUUUCCUGACUGAGAACAUCAAACACCUCAACAUUGCUUCCCUGCAAUCAGAAAUCCUACAAAACGUACAGAUAACAGAAGAUACAUUUGACGGAGUACCUGUGAGGGUAUAUAAACCUGCAGGUGUACAGAAACUACUUCCGGGUAUCGUACAUAUCCACGGUGGAGGAUGGGCUCUCCUUAGUGUAGAUGCUUACCAUGCAUUUACUGUGGAACUGGCUCUCAAAGCUGAGGCGAUCGUAGUUUCUGUUGAGUACAGGUUGUCACCUGAACAUCUAUUUCCUAUUCCACUGGACGACUGUGUUACUGCUACAAAAUACAUCAUACAAAACGCAGAGAAACUUGGAGUUGACAGCUCUAGAGUGGCUGUAAUGGGUGACAGUGCCGGUGGUAACCUCGCCAUGGCUGUAUCGUUGCGAAUGAAAUCUGAAACACAGAUUCCAAAGCUUAAGGUUCAAGCCCUACUAUAUCCAGCCCUGCAGGCUAUGGAUUUCAACACGCCGUCUUACCAACAGUACAGUCAAAAGCUGCGAAAGUGUCCCUCUUUUGCUACGAAAGAGAUCCUUGUACGAUACUGGCAACUGUAUGCAUUCGGACACGAUGGCUAUACAUCAGACUUUUAUGUGAACAACCACACAACUAUGGCCUUGAAGAGGUCCAAGUAUGCUGAAUAUGUCAAUCAAAAACAUCUACCUCCAAAAUACCUCUUCGACAAGGAUACUAAGGCUGCAGCAAAACUACUGGAAAAUGGAAACAUCGCAAAGAAAAUUGAAAGCAUCAUAACAAAUCCGUAUUUUGCCCCAUUAAUGGCGUCAGACGACGAUUUACGGGAAUUGCCAAAAACCUACAUCAUGACAGCAGAAUAUGACUGCCUUCGUGAUGAUGGUUGGAUCCUUGCUGACCGCUUAAAGACUCUCCAACAUAGCUAUGAACACGCCCAUUACGAUGGGUAUGAACACGGAUUCGCUUUAAUGCUCCAUUAUGAUGUUCAUGGGAAAUUUAUGGAUAAUGUUGUUCAGUAUUUCCGCAAAAAUCUAUAAUUGUGCUGUCAUGUUAUCAUUAAUUCAAAAUAAUCAUAUAUAUGUGUAGAAAAGAUUUGUUUUGCGUAAAUCAUGUCAAGUUUUCUUUUUCUAGAAAGUAUUUUAUUUAUAUGGUUUUGUUAAUAAUUAUUUAAGAACAUUAAAAUCGAAUCAAUGUGGCCAUGGUAACGGGUAAUUGACUGCAACGCUAAAUAAAGGCUAAACGGUAAAACCACAGUCGCAUAAGAUAACCUAUCAUUCGCGGGUUUAUGUUUAUCAAGCUUGUUAAAAGGCAACUUAAGCAUCUGCAUAAUAUAGGAACAUUCCAAAUGAGUAUUUCUGCAAUGUCCAUUUUGAUAUCGCCAUUGUGCAUAAACUACUAUAUACGGUUGAAUAACUUGUCACCGAGUCGCCUGUGGAACCUAAUAUUUUAUUCAAAUCUUUCGACAUAUGCGUGCAUAACUGUCUACCUCAGGUUAUAUUGUGUGUAAUUGCAGUGUGAUUGAGAAGUGAUGUAAGUGUAACUAUUGAUGAAAUUAUCUCGAACGGUAUGGUCAUGCUUGUGAGAAGGAACACAGUUUAUUAUCGCUGCUUAAAUAAUGAUUAUCGGUUUCCUUGUAUGUAUGUUGUAAGAUACAGAUAUAAUACAUUUUCGUACCCGACGUCCCAUAAUCUGUAUGUUAUACAUUUAUGUACAUAUGAUAACAUCAUUGCAAAAUAUUUCGAUGACAAAUCGUAUCCAAGGUAUGUCCACAUUCUAUAAUGUCUUAUGUGCCAAAUUAUCUUUUGAUUACAUUAACAACUGUUUAAUACAGUUUCCAGUUUGUCUGUUAAGAAAUGAUAUAAACAGAACGAGAGCGGUGCUAAAGUGAGUAAUACUUCAAUGCUACACCUGCUAACAACAUUACUGUAUUAUCGAUAAUAUCCUUAACAUAUACUGAAAUGACGCGUAUUAUACACGAUAAACGAGUAUGAUAUGCUUAUUGUACUGUGGAUAUUGAGCUCUUAAAACGUAUCCGUAGAAAGAAAUCGGCUGACUUCAUUUUGUCUUAUGAAUAAUUGUUUCUGAGUAACAAUUCAGAAUAUGUACAGUAUGUUCAGAGUAUCAUCAAAUAAAAAUAAAACACGUAUUAAAAAGAAAGAUUUUACACGAUAUUCGAUACUCAUUUUCAUGAUGAAUACUCCACAAUAAUUUAACAAUUAAAACAGUUGAUCUUCUUUCAGGAUAUUAAUCUUACCUCAGACACACGUACAUGUAACAGAACAUAUAACAAAUUAAGUAUAUUUUUUGUAAUCUGUGAUGUUUAAGCUAUUAUAUUCGAAAUGUGUUUAAUGUUAACUGUGAUUUAUUACAAUGUAUGAUAUUUAAUAGAAGAGUUCAUUGUUAAUGUUAUAUAAAUGUUAAAUACAUCAGUAAUGAAUUGUUUGAAUGGAAAUAAAAUCUUAUUGUUUAAUUGUUCU